CUUCAUAUCAAUUAGUAAUUACUUUAUACCAAGUUCUUUCCUAUGUUCAUAAAAAAAAUGGAUUCUUUUCUAUGCAUCUUGUUUAGCAAAUCUUUCUAAUUAUUCAGUUACUUUUGUAGUGCAUGCAUCAAAAGAAAUAUAUUAUAACUGAUCAGAUAUUUACACAGUUAGGUGCCAUUUUGGAUUACAAGUUGAGCCCAUUCUGCAUGCUAGUGCCAGCAUAUAUAUAUAUAUAUAUAUAGAAGAUAUCCUGUCUAAUAAUUUGAGGGUCAUUUGUAAGCUGUGAGCAGUAAUUGGGGGUGGCAGAAAAGACACAGGAGCUGGAUUCUGGGGUUCACUAAUUCACAGGAAGGUUUUUACUUUCUAAUUAUGGGUUCCAAUUAAGAAGAAGACAAAGAACCAAUUGACAACUUGUGCUCUAUUGCAUGAUAAUUCUAUGGUGUACCAUUGAAGCUUGAACAACAGAAGUACAGAAAGAAUCCAGGUUUUAGAGAGUGCAGAUAAUAUUUUAUCGUGGAGCCAUGAACAUGGAAUUAGAAGCCAAAGAAAAGAGAGAGAUUGAAAAAGAAGAUUUAGGAGGACAGCCUUUUGAGGAAGUACCUGAGGGGUCGAAGGCAAUCCCGCCAUGGAGGAACCAAAUAACGAUAAGGGGAUUAGUAGUGAGUGUUAUGAUUGGCACCAUGUACAGUGUGAUAGCCAUGAAGCUGAACCUCACAACCGGGAUAACUCCUAAUCUAAAUGUUUCUGCUGCUCUUCUUGCUUUCGUAUUUGUUCGGACAUGGAUAAAAGUCCUCGAGAAAGCUGGUUUUGUAUCAAAGCCAUUCACUCGGCAAGAGAAUACAAUGAUACAAACUUGUUCAGUUGCAUGCUAUAGCAUUUCUGUUGGAGGUGGGUUUGCUUCUUAUCUAUUGGGAUUAAACAGGAGGACAUAUCUUUUGGCAGGCGUCAACAAUGAGGGGAACUCCCCAAAGAGUGUUAAGGAACCUGGAUUUGGUUGGAUGACUGGCUACCUGUUUUUAGUCUGUUUUAUUGGCCUUUUUGUCCUAGUUCCUCUAAGGAAGAUAAUGAUAGUAGACCUCAAAUUAACAUAUCCAAGUGGCAUGGCAACUGCGGUACUCAUUAAUGGAUUCCAUACUCAGGGGGAUAAGAUGGCUAAGAAGCAAGUGCGGGGAUUCAUGAAAUAUUUUUCAAUCAGUUUCUUAUGGGGCUUCUUUAAGUGGUUCUUCAGUGGUAAAGACGAAUGCGGAUUCGCACACUUCCCUACUUUUGGAUUGCAAGCGUAUAAGAAAACAUUCUACUUCGACUUUAGCAUGACAUUUGUUGGAGCUGGCAUGAUUGUUUCCCAUCUCGUUAACUUGUCUUUGCUUCUUGGAGCUGUGCUUUCCUUUGGAGUAAUGUGGCCGCUCAUUGGUCGGCUUAAAGGAAUUUGGUUUUCUGAAAGUUUGGAAGAAAGUGACAUGAAAAGUUUAUAUGGUUACAAGGUUUUUUUAUCCGUUGCUUUGAUCCUAGGUGAUGGUAUGUACAAUUUCAUUAAGAUAUUGGUAUGCACAAUCAUCGAAAUCCGCAGCAGAUUAAAGAAGGAGGACCUCGAAAUGGAUGUGGAUGGCCAAGAGAAGCCAAUUGAAGUAAUGAAACGGAACGAGAUUUUCAUUAGUGAAAACAUUCCCAUGUGGUUUGCAGCCGUUGGAUAUGUCAUCUUUGCCAUCAUUUCCAUAAUUGUGAUCCCAUUCAUGUUUCCUCAACUUAAAUGGUACUAUGUUGUCGUAGCCUAUUUUUUAGCUCCAUCUCUGGCAUUCUGCAAUGCUUAUGGAGCUGGACUGACGGACAUAAACAUGGCCUACAAUUACGGGAAAGUGGCACUCUUCGUCUUAGCAGCGUUGACAGGAAAAGAAGAUGGCGUGGUGGCUGCGCUUGUUGGGUGUGGACUCGUCAAAUCUGUUGUUUCUGUGGCUUGCAUUCUGAUGCAAGAUUUCAAGACUGCCUACUUGACUUGCACUUCUCCCAAAGCAAUGUUCUUGAACCAAGCCAUUGGCACAGCAUUAGGCUGUGUGACGGCUCCUCUUAGCUUCUUCCUUUUUUACAAGGCAUUUGAUGUGGGAAACCCGGAUGGAGAGUUCAAAGCUCCUUAUGCCUUGAUCUAUAGAAACAUGGCAAUUCUAGGUGUGCAAGGCUUCUCUGCUCUUCCUCGCCAUUGCCUGCAAAUGUGCUAUGGCUUUCUUGCCUUUGCGGUUGGAGUCAAUGUGGUGCGCGAUAUUUCCCCACAAAAGGUCGGAAAAUAUAUGCCGCUUCCAAUGGUCAUGGCGGUGCCUUUUCUGGUCGGGGCAUACUUUGCAAUUGAUAUGUGCCUUGGGAGUUUGAUUGUUUUUAUGUUGCACAAGCUUGAUUCUAAGAAGGCCGAGUUGAUGGUACCUGCGAUUGCUUCUGGAUUGAUUUGCGGGGAAGGGCUCUGGACCCUCCCUGCUGCAGUUCUAGCUCUGGCCAAAAUAAAACCUCCGAUCUGCAUGAAAUUUUUGCAUUCCUAGAAAAAGCUUUCAGAGGACUUGGCUGAGAGCAUUAUACGACAGGGUAAUCUCCGACUCAAAUUAGUCAAUUAUAGGUGCAAAUAAAAUCAUACAUAAGCUACGUGCAUCGCAUUGUAUCCAUUCUCAAACAACAAUAAAAAUGCAUCGCAUCA